AUGGAAGCUGCAGAUGAUAAUCCAAAGUACAUACAUGAAUUUCUUGUUGUCAAGAUUGCAGUGUGUGGCACUUGCUGCCACUACAGUUUGGCAUUAAGGAAGAAGUGUGGUGAUACUCAAGAUGGAUUUACAGGAUGGUCAAUAAGCAUGCUUAACUCAGGAAUUUGGUAUACUUAUCAUAGAGGUCACAAGAAUAUAGCAGGUUCUGAUGGUAUGAUUUAUGCAGCUUCAUUUGUAGAACUGUACGAGGAGUACAUGAUACAACAAAAUAUACUACUGAUAUACACCUUGCUGGUGCAUCUGAUACAAGCUGCAGUCUUCAUGGUUGCAGAAUUUCCAGAAUUCAAGAUUAGAUGCAAGAUUCAUAAAGAACCAAACAUUACUAAUGCUACUAACAACAUUCCUGAAGCUAGCUCAUCUGAUGGUGAAGAUGGGGUUCCUGACAGUGAUUAUGAAAUAGGGGAUGACUCAGACGAAGAAGAGGAAUCAGAGAAUGCUUCAGAUACACUGGAUGAGGACUAUGAAAGCCUGGAAGAGGGCCCUUUUGAUGGUGAUGAAGUUGCAAAAAGGAUUGUUGAAACUUUUAAUGGACAACAUAGCAAUGACCCUACCAUUUCCCAAGCUUUUGGGGAUAUCUCUAAUAGGGCAAACCUAUCACCAAGAGGGUCUAAUGUGUCAAGAAUGGGAAGAGGCAACUACAGAGGACCAUUUUGCAAAACCACAAAACUUGAUAGAUACAGAAGACGAUUGGGUUAUAAUUUUGCUUAUGCUAACUACAACAACAUGAUAUGGAUAAUUACUGAUGAAGAUGUUGAAUGCCAAGUCUAUUCUGACACUGAACAACAACUUACUUGCUUUAUCAAGAUUGGAGAUGACACUAUUUCCAUCACUACUGUUUAUGCUAAGUGUAAAGAUUCUCUCAGGGAAUCUCUAUGGGAAGAUCUCAGCCUUAUUGCUUCCAGUCAGAAUCUUGAAUGGAUGGUUUUAGGAGAUUUCAACUGUAUUACUGAUCAAACUGAGAAGAUAGGAGGAAAUCCACAUAGAAUGGAGAAGAGUUUACCUCUUCUUGAAUGUAUUGGAGACUGUGAUCUUUAUGACCUGAGCUUCAUUGGUUCUGCCUUUACUUGGUGUAACUACAGAGUUCCAGAGAAUAGAAUAUGGAAGAGAUUAGACAGAAUGUCUAAUCAGAAAUGGUUAACUACUUUUCCUGAGACUAGUGUCACUCAUUUGGUUAGAUCUGGGUCUGAUCAUGCCCCUCUGCUUAUACAUGCUAAAGCUUGUAACAUUAGUCAUAUUAAAUACUUCAAAUUCUUGAACUUUUGGGUGGAUAAACCUGAUUUUCAGGAUAUUGUGAAGCAAGCUUGGCAGAUAGAUGUACAGGGUUCUCAGGUCUGGAGGUUCCAUAUGAAACUGAAAAAUACAAGUAAGAAACUAUCUUGGUGGUCUAGGAACAUCAUUGGAGACAUUUUCGAGCUUACAAAAACAAUGGAAAAAAGAGUGGCUGAUCUUGAGGAUGUUUGCCUUCAAGACAACUCUACUACUAAUAUGGUUAACCUUAAUGAGGCCAAUGCUUUACUAAUCAGGCAUUACAAGACUGAGGAAGCCUUCUGGAGGCAAAAGGCUGGUAUUAAGUGGCAUGCUGAAGGGGAUCUAAAUACAAAAAUUUUCCACUCUGUUAUUACUUCCAGGAGGCAAAGAUUGUCUCUCAAGAAGAUAAAAAAUGGGGAAGGUAACUGGAUUGAGGGGGACAGAAUUGCUCAAGAAGCUAUUUCAUACUUUGAGAACAUUUUCACAAAAGACAACAACAACAAUGAUUUUUCUAAACUCUCAUGUCUUCCUAAGAUUGUCUCAAGGGAGGAUAAUGAGAUGUUAUGCUCUAUUCCCACCAUGCAAGAACUCAAAGACACUGUUUUCUCAAUGGAUCCUGGAAGUGCACCAGGCCCUAAUGGCAUGACGGGUAUUUUUUAUCAUAAAUGCUGGGAUAUUAUUUCUACUGAUCUUCUUAACAUGAUUAUUGAGAUUUUUAAGGGUGGGAUUAUUAAUAGGGCUAUUUCUCACUCUUGUCUGAUUUUAAUCCCCAAAGUCAAAUCUCCUCAAGCUUUUUCUGAUUUUAGACCAAUUAGUUUAAGUAAUUUUUCUUGCAAAAUUCUCUCUAAAUUGAUUAAUGGUAGACUUACCAGUAUUAUGGAUAAGAUUAUCUCCCAAAAUCAAUCUGGCUUUAUGAAAGGUAGGUCUAUUAGUGAGAAUAUUACUCUUACUCAAGAGAUGGUGCACAAUAUGAACAAAGCUGAGCCCAAUGACAAUGUUGUUAUGAAAUUAGAUAUGGCUAAGGCAUAUGAUAGGGUCUCUUGGACCUAUAUGUGCCAUGUGCUUAAACAGUUGGGUUUCUCUGGCUCUUGGGUUGAUCUGAUUCAUCGUAUUAUCUCUAAUAACUGGUAUUCCAUUAAUAUAAAUGGUACCAGAAUGCUGAAUCAUUUGAGCAAUGACAGUUUUGUUCGUUUUACUUGCAAAAGUAAUGUACCUUCUAUUACCCAUUUGUGCUAUGCUGAUGACACUAUCCUUUUCAGUUCUGGGGAUCGCAAUUCCAUCACUAUGAUGAUGGAUAAACUCAGUGAAUAUGAGAAAAUCUCUGUUCAACUUGUUAACAAGAGAAAAUCUGGUUUCAUGGUUCACUCCAAGGCCAGUGACUCUUUUAUCCAGGAUAUUAUUAAUCUCACUGGUUUUGCUCAUCAAAAACUCCCUUUUAAUUAUUUGGGUUGUCCUAUUUACACUGGUAGGAAGAAAAUUACCUAUUUCAAUGAUUUGGUGGCUAAGGUGUCCAAUAGAAUUACUCGUUGGCAUAACAAGACUCUUUCUGCUGGAGGCAAGGCAGUACUUAUCAAAUCAGUUCUUGCUUCUAUUCCUCUUCACACUCUUUCUGUCAUUCAACCCCCUAAAACAUGUAUUAAACAGAUCGAAAUGUGCAUUGCUAACUUCUUCUGGGGGGGAUAG